AUCAGCUAUAAGCAUAGCCAGCAGCUGAAACAAAAUCGCUCGACUCGCGCGCAACGUCACUGCUCGAAACGAAUCUAGCCUCAAAAAUUCGCGUCCAAGUGCAAUGUCGAAAUUCCAAGUGCGAGCGCUCCCCAUGUGAAAUAAAAUCGCGUCGACAUGGCGGCUAGUACGACGGCGCUGCUGCCGUGGCGAUUGGCUCGAGGUAUGAGCGGCUUGGCCCGGACGAUCAAUCUCGCUGAGCCGAAGACGUGCGAGCGGCCAGUGGUCCAGAAGCUCGUGAGCGCGGACGUGACGAGGCCCUGUCCGCACGCGGAGCCGGGGCUGUCGCCUGGCUACCCGACGACCAGGGCCGUGCCUGUCAGGAUCUGCCGCAGGAAGGAUCUGGAGAGAGCCUGUCAGCCCAAGCUGUGCGACUGCCCGCAAAAGUCGCCGCCCAGGACAGUCAAGCAGAUCCUCUGCGGCUGGACGAUAUUCGGGGCGAAGGCCGCUAUCGCCGCCGGCCUUCUCUAUUGGAGCGUGUCCGAGGGAAUUUGGGGUGACAGCACCGACACCGAGGACUUUUAUUUCAGGAUCCGCGAUACCAUCGCCGCCGAUCCGACCCUCGACGAGGUGUCUCUGCCGCGUUUGGAAUACGUGAAAUUCAAGAUCCUGGACUCGUACAACCGGGCGGUCUUGAAAAUCAUGGGUAUUCUGGUCGGAGUGCCGUUGGCGAUAAGUCGAAGGAUACAAGAGACUCUCUACCCCUGUGAACCGGAAGAAGAGGCGGACGGAGGAGGCGAUGCGAAGAGAUAGAAUCUUCGUCGUUGCUGUGGCGUACAAAAUCUGUAAAUACCUCGUCUCGAAUAAACCAAGCAACUGUCUCUCGAGA